CCAAUCACUGCGCACGAAGGGAUCACGUGAUCAGUCUGUCUCCUCUACAAUCGAGGCGCAGAGCGACUGUAACAUGCAACUGGUCAGCAUUUCUCCUAUAUUUUGUAUCAUUUCAAAACUUUUACAACAAGACAGACAAGUACACAGAAACAAUAAGAGAGACUGGCCAUGACAAGAUGACAUCAGUGUCCUCACCACCCUCAUAAAUACACCAUUCUUCACACCAGGACCACCUGUUAGCACCUGUUAACAGCACCUGUCAGAACACCUGUUACAACACCUGUCUACAAAAGAGAACUUGAACUUAAGCUUGCUGACAAUCGUGUGCAGUAAACCUAAACCCUAAAGCAAUAUUUUUAUAAACAUUUAUUGAUAGGUAUAUGAAAUAUCUAAUAGAGAGUCUAUAGAAUUAAUGAAAAUUUUGCUGGCAAGAGAAGGAAUAAGUACAACGUAAUACAAUCAAAAUGGCAUCUGCUAUUGCCGACUUUUACAAGGACAAGAAUGUUUUCAUUACUGGGGCAACAGGAUUCCUGGGAAAGGUCCUUGUUGAAAAGCUGCUACGUUCCUGCCCAGAAGUGGAGGGAAUUUAUCUGUUGAUCAGGCCAAGAGGAGACCAGACUGCCCAAGAAAGGUUGAACAAGAUUAUAGGCUGUAAGCUCUUUGACAAAGUUCGCCAUGAACAGCCAUCCUUCCACCACAAGCUGCACGCCAUCCCAGGAGACAUGUGUGAACCCGCCUUAGGCAUCAGCCAAUCAGACGUAGACAUGCUGGUGUCGAAAAUCCACAUCCUCUUCCACUCUGCAGCGACAGUUAGAUUUGAUGACCCUCUAAAACCCUCCAUGCAGCUGAAUGUUGUAGGGACACAGUACGUCAUCGCCUUGUGCCACAAACUCAAACACCUUCAGGCUUUUGUGCAUGUGUCAACUGCCUACGCCAACUGUGACAGGGCUUACAUUGAAGAGGUUAUCUACCCGCCCCCUGUGCAGCCUCAGAAGCUGAUUGAUGCCCUAGAAUGGAUGGAUGACUCCAUGGUGACUAAGUUGACUCCAGACCUGAUAGGUAAAAGACCCAACACCUACACCUUCACUAAGGCCUGCGCGGAGUACGUACUGACCCAGGAGGCAGCUGACCUGCCCCUGGCCAUCGUCAGGCCUUCUAUCAUCGGUGCCUCCUGGAGAGAACCUCUGAUGGGCUGGUGUGACAACUUCAAUGGACCUAGUGGGCUGUUUGUUGCUGCAGGAAAGGGCUUGCUGCGGACCAUGCGGGGAGAGUAUAACGCUUAUGCUGAUAUCAUACCAGUAGAUCUGCCUGCCAACCUCAUGAUUGCUGUAGCCUGGGACACUGCUGUCUCCAGGCCAGAGAACAUCCCUGUGUACAAUUCCACAUCAGGGGGUGUCAACCCCUUCAGAUGGGGAGAGAUUGAGGGCAUGUUGAUCAGCAUCUUCAAGAAAUACCCUCUUGACAAGCCUUUCAGGAGACCCAACUGUGCACUUGCCAGUAACAGCUUCAUGUACCAGUACUGGCAAAUCGUCAGCCACAAGGGUCCAGCAUACCUGUAUGAUAUCUGGCUCAGGAUGAUUGGACAGAAACCCAGGAUUGUGAAGAUGUAUAACAAGUUGGAGAAGGCCCUCCAGAGCAUGGAGUACUUCACCCUGCACCACUGGGAGUGGAGCCAUGCUAACGUAGAUGCACUCAUGGCCAAGAUGGGGGAGGAAGACAAGAAGAUCUUCAAGUUUGACUGCCGUGGCCUCCACUGGCCGACCUAUAUGGAGAACUACGUCCUGGGCACCAAGAAGUAUGUGCUGAAGGAGGACAUGGACCAGCUCCCUCUAGCAAAGGCACAUCUCAACAAGCUCCGUAACAUCCGCUGGGGCUUCAACACCAUCCUGAUCGUGCUGUUCUGGCGAGUGUUGAUCGCGCGGACGAAGAUCGCUCGGAACAUCUGGCACCUGGUGGUCAGCCUCUGCUUCAAGUUCCUCCAUUACUUACGCAUCUCUAGCACACAGGGGCCAUAGGGAGUUCACAGAUUAGGAAUAGGAGGGGUCAAUGUUCUAAGGUCAAUGCCAACUACAACUGCCUUAAAUCGUCAUAUUUAGAAUAUGGACAUGAUGUCAAAUUGCUGGAUACCUUUUCUCUACUGUAGCUUCUCAUGAUACUGUAACUGAUUUCUGUUAACUACAUGAAGGUCAGAGAUCUUUAGAUUUGACCCAAAAUUGUUUGUUUAACCAGUAAUAGUAGGCCAGUAUAUUAGGGUACUCUCCAGUAGCUUACUUUGUUUUCAGAUAGCUUAAAGCAAAUUGAAAAGUCUUUGUUGUUUCAGCUCUUUGUGUUGUGUCAACAAAGUGUAUGUUGAAAAAAUAUUAAUUUUGAUACAUUUUUUUUACAUUUUUUUUGCAUUGGUAACAUAAUGGCAUUAGGAAUUACAAAACGAGUUUAGAAUUUUUAAAAAGAGGGUAGAAUAUAAUGGCUAGAGCCAGUAGUAGAGGUAACAAUCUCCUAAAGGCAGCCAUACAAUGUCAGGUUGCCAAAGAAUACAUAAAACACAGAAUGACAUGAAGACCUGUUCUGUUCAACAAGAUUGAGAUGUGCAUGGUGGGCUGAAGUGUAUGCCCAUUGGCAGUUAUACCAGUUGACCAUAAUCUUUUCAAGACCACUAUUCCAACCUCCACAUGCAGUCUGGCGGCACAUGUAACUUAGGUGUAUUCUCACAUGCGUAAAGAGUACUAAAGACUAUUGCCUACAAGCACAAGACUACAUGAUACCUAUAUAAACCAAUUAAUUAUGAUAUGUGGAGGGUUGGAUCACCCUAAUGUAGCUAAUGAACUGGUGCAACAAUUUUGUUUAAAUUAGCUUUUCUAAUGAAUUUUGUAUCUCGCACAAUACAGUGUGCAGUCUCUAUGCAACUCACCACAUGGAAACAUAGAGCAGUAGGCUGUAGAUAGGAAACCACGUAUUGUACAUAUUACAGAGGAAUGGUUUCUGACAAACACAACAUCUCAUUCCAGUGUCUGACGAUAACAAGUAAUGUCAGUCAUUUUAAUGCAGUACACCAAGAAUGUGUUGAGUCUGUCGACAGUUGUGCAUUAGCUGUAUCAUGGAAUCAUUUAUAAUGCAAUCAUCUAACUUUCCUUUACCAUCCUUUACCAAUUUUAUUCUUCUGUCUUUCAUCUCAUUCCUACCAUUAAGUCUGAUGAACACAUUCUACAUCUCCACUCUAAAUAUAUCCCAUAAAAACUUGAUCCAAGUCACUUCAUAGUUUGAAAGUUUCCAUUCCAAACUACUUGUAGCACCUCUGACUUUUUGUAGCUCAAAUUUGUGCCAUUAAAACCAGACUUCAAACCUCUAACAUGAAAAUAAGCAGGUGUGAGGGGGGUGUUACAUGUUGACUAUAGGUACAUGCACUCCUGAUAGUUACAAAAAAUGCUUGUGCUAAGGAAAUAUAGGGUAACACACAACUGCCUGAGAAUGCUUGCUGCUUUGUGGUAUAAUGAACUGCAAUAUGUCAAUUGCACUGAAUAAAUUUUCCACCUUUGCCGUA